GCAUCAAUCUCUAGCGUCCGUCAGCAGCAGCAGCAGCAGGAGAGAGAACAAGCAGCUUCAUCAUUAUUAGGCUUUUAUUUUGAUUUUUCUUUUUUAUGUUUUGGCCUGGAGGAAGGUGUUAAAUACAAGCGGAGCUGAUGUGGCAAAUAAAUGAAUAAAUCUCCCUUGAUGUGGAUUUAUCUCCUAAAUAUCUGGAUAAAUAUCAACUGUUUAACAUUUAACGGAGUCACAGAGAAGAUUAAGCAAGGAGCCGAAGGUCCCAGUGGAACAGCGGGGCCCUGCACCUGUCCAGUCCGCCCAGACUCCGGUCUCCCCUCGCUGCUUCUAGCAUGAUGUCUUACCUCAAACAGGCCCCGUACGGCAUGAACGGACUGGGCCUGAGCGGAGCCGCCAUGGACCUGCUGCACCCGUCCGUAGGAUACCCCGCCAACCCUCGGAAGCAGCGGCGGGAACGCACCACCUUCACCCGGACGCAGCUGGACAUCCUGGAGUCUCUGUUUGCCAAAACACGCUACCCAGACAUCUUCAUGAGGGAGGAGGUGGCUCUGAAAAUCAACCUGCCAGAGUCCAGAGUACAGGUGUGGUUCAAGAACAGACGAGCCAAGUGUCGGCAACAGCAGCAGAGCAACAACAGCGCCAAAGUAAAACCGGUGAAGAAGAAGUCAUCUCCAACCAGGGAGAGCACCGGCUCAGAGAGCAGCGGCCAGUUCACUCCCCCGGCCGUGUCCAGCUCAUCUGCAUCCACCUCUUCCUCCUCUUCUUCUUCUGUCUCUUCCGGUCUCAGUGGGCCUGCUUUGAUCAGCUCGUCUACCUCCGUCACUGCACCGGUGUCGUCCAUCUGGAGCCCGGCACCCAUCUCCCCGGCUCCGGCGCCAGCCAACCUGCCUGACCCGGUUGCUCCUACCAGCGCGUCCUGCAUGCAGCGCUCUUCGACUUCCUCUGCCAGUGCAGGAGCGCCGUCAUACCCAGUGUCGUACAGUCAAACGGCAGCGGCGUACAGCCAGGGUUACCCCGCCUCAGCAUCGGGCUCCUACUUCAGUGGUGUGGACUGUGGAUCCUACCUGGCUCCAAUGCAUUCCCACCACCACCCACACCAUCCUCACCAGCUCAGCCCCAUGACGGGAUCCUCUAUGUCAGGACACCCCCACCACCAUAUUGGCCAAUCAACCGGCCACCACCAUCACCACCACCCUCCACACCAUCACCAGGCUUACAGCGCGCCUGGCUUGGCCUUUAACUCCACAGACUGUCUGGAUUACAAGGAGCAGACUGCAGCUUCAGCCUGGAAGCUCAACUUCAAUGCCACCGACUGUUUGGACUACAAAGACCAGGCCUCUUGGCGUUUCCAGGUGCUGUGACUUUCUUCGGUCCAGUCUUGACAGGUUUAAAGACCCUUUUUUUUUUGUAAAUUGUGGUUUGCUUUGAAGAUCCUUCUAACAGCAAAUACUUUUUAAAAAUGUAACUGUGAACGAACUGAAACCACGCACUGAGCAGCCGAACCUCGAGCUCUGCCCCGCUGCUAUCGGCGGAGCAGCAAUCCCGGGAUUAUUUUUCUACUCCAGAAUCAAUAAAAAGAAAAAAGAAAAGACAACACACCUAUUUCCAACCGAAGGCCUUUAACGGGAAAACCCCUCUGGUAGUACAAGGUUUCUAGGAACGUCUCGGUGACUCAAAAAACUCACAACUAUUUAAAAAUACAAGAUGGGGCAAAAGAUUGACAUGUUAGACAUUACAACAGACUAAGAUUUUAUUUCUAACGACAGGAUGCUGCUGGGAUUUCAAGCUGCUGAUCUGCUGGAUGUCUUACACAGAAACUCCAUCUUGCAUCCCAUCAAGGGGAGUUUGGAGACUGAUUUGCAGCACUUGUUUGGGUUUCUCACACUUUCCUGGUCGCUUUGUAGCAACACAAAGGAAAGGAAAUAUGAAUUUGUGUCACAAUGUCAGAACGCUGUAGAGAUUCUAAAAAUUGUACAUUCAUGUCUUUAUAAUAAAGUCUUGUUUAAACCGAAUCUACU